GAGGAUCCCCAUUUGUCUGCUCAGACGAAGCUUGGGUCUCAAAUUGAUAACACAAAUUAUCCAUAUUGAUAAAAAAUGGGGCAUGUAAAACUGCAACAAAUUAUUUUCUUGCUACUAUUUUUUAUACGGGAAGAUUUCGGGGCACCAUCGUCCUCCCAGGAUGCGGAAGGUAGUGGAGCAGACCCUGUCUUGUUUGUGAGGGACGACUUCAAUGACACGAAGAAAUAUUUGGUCAUUGACGACAUGGUGCUGACAAAAGACCUCAACAAGGCUGGCCUGAUAAAUCACGCCUGGCCAAACGCCAUCGUUCCCUACACCUUUGCGUUGACGAUAAUCCCGCAGCAAAAGGCGAUGAUAACUUCUGCAAUUGCCGAACUCUCGACGAGAACAUGCCUCCAAUUCCGACCCGCAAAGAAGGACGACGCGUAUUGGCUUUUAUUUCAAAAUGACCCCAUGAAUCAGGGCUGUACAUCGUACGUGGGAUGGCAAAAUAGGAAAAAUCAGCAAGUCCAACUAAGCACGAACUGUGCGAAAGGAAAUGCAAUUCAUGAGAUUAUUCAUGCCGUCGGCUUUUACCAUGAACACACGCGAAACGAUCGUGAUGAGUAUAUCGUGGUGAAUUAUGCUAAUGUAAAUCCCGGACAAGAAAACAACUUUCGAAAAGAGAACGAAUUGGACCCACCACCCGAAACGAGCGUGUUUGACCAUCCGUACAACUAUGACAGCAUUAUGCAUUACGGGACAAAUUAUUUUUCAAAAAAUGGUGCCAAAACUGUGGAACCUUUGAACCAUCCUGGUGCCAGUGGAAAGGGAGACAACAUUGGGCAAAGGGAAUAUCUCAGUCAAGGCGACGUGGACAUGCUUAACAAAAAAUACGAUUGUCCCACGUUGGCAAAUGUAGAGGAUGGCUUGCAAUCUACAAAGCCACCCGCACCGAUAAAUGCGAACCCGGUGUGCAACUUUUCUCCACAGUUGCCAAUUUGCAGCAAGGGAAAGGUUGAAGCUUAAGUAGAAGAGAAAACUAGUAAAAAUAAACGAUACUGUUUUAUUCUAUAAUAAUAAACAGAUUUCAUAAAUUUGUAAUGGAUGGCUGCAUAAUUAAUUACAAAGUUAAACUA